AUGUCUGACCUCACUGUUGGUGUCAUCAGGUGAGUCACAUCGGUACUCGGGGUGAUCUGAUCGGGCCGUAGGCAGCGCGCUGACACAGCGCAACUCGACGCGACUCCUUCGACCAUGGCCUUGUCAUUACCAUGUCCGCGACCGAGAACAGAGAACUGUACGAGGGACCUGAAGGUGCCAACACCAUGCCGUACGCGCCCGUCGUGCAGGUGCUCUCGAUCAAGAAGAUCGUCAGCCCCAAUGGCCCGGAUCGUCAUCGGUGAGAGCGCGACUUGGGCCAACGCAGUCACUCGAGGGGGGGGGGGGUGGGGGUGCAGGGCGAUUUGCCAGCCAUGGAGAUGUCAUACGUCCGAUACUGACUCGUCCGAUAACUACUCAUAGCCUCAUCCUGUCGGACGGUCAAUGCUUUGCGCAGUCCAUGCUGGCGACGCAGCUGAACCACCUCGUCGACGGCGACGAGAACGCACCGAUCCGUAAGCAUUCGGUCCUUCGUCUCGUCCAGGUAGCGUGCAACGCCGUGCAAGGUCGUCGCAUCAUCAUCUGCCUCGACGUCGAAGCCGUUGCGCACCCGUCGACCAAGAUCGGGACCCCAGAAGACGUGACCAAGUUCAUCGAGAACAACCCCCAUGCGGGUGGCGCGCCAGUCCAAGCCGCUGCUGCUGCUGCCUCGACGACGGCGAACGCGAGUGUCGGUGCUGGGAGGGGGGGAUCGAAUGCUAGUAGCACAAGUGCGGCCAAGAACGUACCUGCUGCCAAGCCCGCUGCCGGGGGUCGUCGAGGCGGGGCCGAACCCGUCAUCUACCCCAUCGAGAGUCUCAGCCCGUACCAGAACAAGUGAGUCCCAGAGGACCUCGGGGUCUCAUGCGCAGACAUUUGAUCUCUAAACAUCAUUUCUGAUAGGUGGACUAUCAAGGCUCGAGUUACGGUCAAAUCGGAUGUUCGCCAUUGGAGCAACCAGCGAGGCGACGGAAAGCUCUUCAGCGUCAACUUGCUCGACGAGACGGUCAGUGCAGAGGACAUGCGCAGAUGGUUUAGAUUUGGUGAACACUAGUCUGAUGAUGCCAUUGCAUUUGGUGCUCAUUGCAGGGAGAGAUCAAGGCCACUGGGUUCAACGAAGCCGUGGAUAAUCUGUACGACGUUUUCGAAGUCGGCAAGGUUUACUACGUCUCCAAGGCGCGAGUCAACAUUGCCAAAAAGCAGUUCUCGAAUUUGUCAAACGAGUACGAGAUCGCGUUCGAACGUGACACGAUCGUCGAGUUGUGCGAGGACCAGGAUGCCGCUCCUCAGGUCAAGUACAACUUUGUCGAACUCGCUGGCCUCGGCGAUUGCCCCAAGGACUCCACCGUCGACGUGCUCGGUAUCGUCAAGGACAAUGGCGACCUGUCCGAGAUCACCGCCAAGGCGACGAACAAGCAGAUCAAGAAGCGAGAAUUGACCAUUGUCGAUCGAUCGGGCUACUCGGUGCGCGUCACGCUGUGGGGCCGAUCGGCCGAGACAUGGAAGGAUACCGACAACGGCGUAUUUGCGUUCAAGGGUGCCAAAGUUGGAGACUUCGGUGGCCGAACAUUGAGCAUGGGUGGGCAGUCGACGAUCACCGAGGAUCCCGACGUCGAGGCGGCGCACGCCCUGCGAGGCUGGUUCGACACCGAAGGACAUUCGAACGAGUUUACGUCGUACAACUCGUCGAUGGCGACGUCCGGUGCGGCGACGUUCAAGAAGGACGAGUUCAAGACGCUCGACGAGGUCAUCAACUCGGGCAUUGGAAUGCAGUCGGAGAAACCCGAGUACUUUGCGACGCGCGCGACCAUCACCUUCAUCAAGAGCGACAACCUCUCAUACCCGGCUUGCCCGACCGAGAAGUGCAACAAAAAGAUGACGAUGGAGGACGAGUCGCAGUGGAGGUGCGAGAAGUGCAACAGAACGUACGAGAAGCCCGAGUACCGGUGAGUCGUGCGCUCCCCGUCCAACCAAGCAGUUGACUGAUGAGAACUUGUGAACCUGCAGCUACAUCGUCUCGAUUGCGGUCAACGACUUCACGAACCAGAUCUGGCUCUCUGGCUUCAACGAGAUGGGCCUGCAGCUCUUUGGCCGAACGGCGAACGAGAUGCAGCAACUCAGGGAAGAGAACGAGGACGAAUUCCCAAUCGUGAUCAACAAGGCGCUCGGGACCAUGUACAACUUCUCCGUCAAGGCCAAGGCCGACUCGUUCAAUGAUCAGCUCAAGGUCAGGUACCAGUUGCAAAAAGCGGCACCGGUCAACUGGGUUGAGGACGCCAAGAUUCUCGCCGAGCAGAUCCAGGCCAUGUCCGUGUAG